AUGGAUAGUACAAUUCAUUGUCAUGGAUGGAAUGGUACCUAUCAUCUUAUUUCAUCAUCACCUUUUGGUCGGACACGUGCAGUUGCAUUCGUUUAUUCGUCUCUUGAAAAACCGAAAGAAGUAUAUAUUGCUGAUGAUAUUUAUCAACUUCAAUCGGCGAAUGCAAUAACAAAUGAAAAUAAUCUAUUUACUCAACGAGAUUUACCAAAAACUAAAGUGUACACUUGGAAAAAUGAUCAAGAUAAUCAAGCAAUCGAAGGAAUUUUACAUUAUCCACCGGGAAAAUUUGAACUUAAAAAAUUACCUCUCUUUAUUCUCAUCCAUGGUGGUCCACAUUCUGCCAGUCUCAAUGCAUUUGAAGCAAAUUGGUAUAAUUGGGCUUCUAUAGCAGCUGUUGAAGGCUGGUUAGUUCUUGAGCCUAAUUAUUCUGGAUCUACAGGAUAUGGUGAUCAAUUUGUCAACGAAAUUCGUUUUCAUACUUUAUCUCGGCGAACAAGAGAUAUUAUGUCGGCAGUUGAUAAUCUAAUCAAAGAUGGUAUCGUAGAUCCAAAUAAGCUGAAUGUUGGCGGUUAUAGUUAUGGUGGUACUUUAACAAACUGGUUAAUUACACAAACUACACGUUUCAAUGCUGCAUUAUCGGGUUCAAGUGCAAUCGAACGCGUUCUCUCGUGUGGUACUAUAGAUUUACCCGUGCUUAUCAAUUAUUUAAUGGGAGGAUUUCCAUGGGAAGUACCAAAAUCAUACCAAAAUCAAUCAGCUAUUUAUAGUUUAGAUCGAAUACGAACACCAACACAUAUAGUUACUGCCGAAGGUGAUGUUCGAGUUGAUGCCCAGCAAAGCUACAUCUUAGAACGUGGACUUCGAAGUUUAGGAGUUCCAGUACAAUUAUUAGUUUUUCCAAAAGAAGGACACGAUCUAGAGAAUGAUCCAUGGCAUGGAAAAAUAAAAGUUCGUGAAGAACUCAAAUGGCUUGCAAAGUAUGGGCAUGGAUUAAAGCAGAAUAUAUCUUAA